CCCGGCUCCCAGUCCGGCGGGGGAAGCAACGGAUAAGCGCUCCGAGGGGAUGAAGCCCGCCGCCCCCACGGAGGGAGGAAAGCGGCGCCAGGGCUUGGCCGAUAAAGACACAUUGUAGGAUGACUGUUCCCGCUUGAUUGGCGUCUGACUUGGGAUAGCUCGUCCCCUUUCUGCUUGGCCAGGUGUCACGUUCACACCUGCCUUGCAGCUGGCGUGCUGGCUGAGGCACUGGGAGGCCCAGCUGUUUCGAAGAUGAAAGGAAAAAAGACACGAUCCCUUUCUGAAGAUUCAGUUGUGGCUCCAGUGGAAGAACAGGCAAAGACAAAGACAAAAUGCGUGAACACAUACAGACUGGAGUCACGUAAUAAAUUUCGGGAUUGUUUAGUAAGAGACAAAGCUCAACAAAUACUAACGAGUAAACUUCAACAAGCCAGCUAUGAUGGAGUUUCUAGUCCCUUGUUGUGUGCUUCAAUCUCAGAAGAAAUAUUAAAGGCUGUGAAGGAAUUUGGCUUUGACCGUUAUAAAUAUGUGGUAUCAGUGCUAAUUGUGGAAAAGACAGAUCAGGCAAUGAUCGUUGCCAGCAGAUGCCUCUGGGAUGUUCAAAGAGACAACUGGGUUUCAGCUAAAUGUGAAACUGAAACAUUUAUUGCGCUGGCUUUGGUAAUGGCUUGUUAUUACGACUAAUACUUUGAAAGCCACAGAUGGAUUCGUGCUUCACAGUACAUGGUACAUUUGAAAAUUUUCAGAGCAUCGUUAUUUUAGUAUUCAUUUUUAUCCUAUUGCUGUUGGCACAUUGAAACUGAUAUACAGUUGAGAUAAUGUUCUUUUUUUCUCUAUCAAGAAACCCCCCCCCCCCCAAAAAAAAAUCUUUGGAACAUAUGUACAUGAGUACAUAUGGGUUUCAUCUGUUUAAUGCUCUGCUGUGGAAGUGAAAGCAGCUGGUGUUAAGGCCAAACAUUGGAAAAUUUUGAAUGUUGCUUGUCUGUUGUGUGCCUAGGACUGUUAACGAAUGUUUAUAUGAAAUUGCAGGUAUCGGUUUUCUUAAAAGCAUGUUUUUUGUAAAAAAA